AUGGACCCUUCCAUUAAGAAACCCUGGAUAGAGACGCCGCUAAUUGAGUCAGCCACCCUCUCAAAACAAGCAGGAUGCAGAAUUUUCCUCAAACUAGAACUCCUCCAGCCCUCCGGGUCAUUCAAAUCUCGCGGAAUCGGACAUCUAAUCCUCUCCGAACUCACCCGACCAGCCAACCAGUCCGAAACCGUGCACUUCUACAGCUCCUCCGGCGGCAACGCCGGCCUCGCCGCCGUCCAUGCGGCCCGCGAUCUCGGCUGCGCGUGCACGGUAAUCGUCCCGCACAGCACGAAACCGCUAAUGAUAGCCAAGCUGCGGGCCGCGGGCGCGACAGACGUGAUCCAGCACGGGGCGAGCUGGUUUGAAGCAGAUACGUAUCUGCGGGAGACGUUUAUUGAGAAGCAGCAUCCGAAUCACGAUAGGGGUAUUGUGAACGUUUACGUGCCGCCGUUCGACCACCCGUUGAUUUGGGAAGGUGCUGGGGGCAUGGUUGCGGAGAUGGCGAGGCAGUUGCCGCCGCUGGAGGACGGGGCGCGGGAUGGCCAGUUUCCGGCGGAUGUGAUCGUGUGUAGUGUUGGGGGGGGUGGGUUGUUCAAUGGGGUUGUCGAUGGGUUAGAGAAGUAUCAAAGGGCUUCUUCUUCGCCUGUGGGGUCUGCGACGAAGAAUGUGCGCGUCCUCGCGGUCGAGACGCACGGCGCGCACUCGUUGGCGCAUUCCCUUCACGAGGGCAGACUCUCUUCUCUUGCCGGCAUUACGUCGCAGGCUACCUCGCUCGGUGCAUUGUCUGUUGCGGAAAAGACGUUUGCAAACGCGUGGUCUCCGCCGGCGGGCAUCGAUGUUACCAGUGUUGUGGGCUCAGAUGCGGAGGCUGCGAGGGGCGUCUUGCGGUUGGCGGAUGAGACACGGCUGCAGGUGGAGUUGGCGUGUGGGAUCAGCUUGGAGGUUGCUGUUGCAGGUCGAUUGAAGGACUUGAUACCUGACUUGGCUCCAGAGACCCGAGUGGUGGUGGUUGUCUGUGGAGGGAGUAAUAUCACGGCUGAAAUGAUGGUCGAGUAUAGACGGAAGCUGCACGAUGGGUGGGAAUGA